GGCUAGACUUGUUUUAAACCUGUUUUUUUUUCUUUUCUUCAGUUGACGCACUGUUUAGUUUGAAUAGGUGCAGAGGCCACCUGCUCGCGUUUAAUAUUUAUUUUCCGCGUGUAAUCUCCUGUGACAUUUUGACCGACGAUAAGCCACAGCGCGAAUGUGAAACCCGACCCAUGCGCGUUUAACGCAGAUGACACACACAAACGCGGUAAUGCCCUGGGCUUAGCCUUCAAAUAACCAUUAUAUAACAGCAGUCACAUCGCACCGGCGACUGGAGGAAACGACGGCUGUGUGGAAACUUUGCGCUCUCGUCUUUCGUAAACCGCGCGUCCGUGUCGCUCUCGCUAUGAGUUCGCGAACUAACGUUUCUUGUUUACACGAAGCCAAACGAGUGGCUAUUUUUGGAGGCACACAUGGAAAUGAGAUGUCUGGCAUAACGCUGGUAAAUAUGUGGAUCCAGAAUUCAGCCGAAAUAGAGAGAAACGGACUGCUGAUCAAGCCUUUCAUAAGCAACCCUAGAGCAGUGGAGAAAUGUAGCAGGUACAUCGACACGGAUCUGAACAGAGCCUUUACGCCCGAGAACCUCAGUGCUCCAGAUGUUGAAGGGCUGCUAUAUGAAGUCCAGAGGGCUAAGGAAAUAAAUCGGAUGUUCGGACCCAAAGGAAGCUCGGAUGCAUAUGAUGUCAUCUUUGACCUUCACAACACCACCUCAAACAUGGGCUCCACCCUCAUCCUGGAAAGCUCAACAGACCUCUUCAACCUUCAGAUGGUGCAUUAUAUUAAAAAAGCUAUGGCUCCCCACACCUGUUCAGUACUCUUAAACGAACACCCACAGCUGAAGUAUUCAACCACACGCUCUGUGGCCAAACACCCUGUUGGUCUUGAGGUGGGCCCUCAGCCACAGGGUGUUUUGAGGAGCAAUGUAUUCGAGUCCAUGAGGACCAUACUGAAGCAUGCGCUGGACUUCAUCGAGCUCUUCAAUAGUGGUGUAGAGUUUCCUCCAUGUACAGUAGAUGUAUUCAGAGUCCAGGAGAGAAUGGACUACCCUAGAGACACCAACGGCAACAUCACAGCUAUGGUGCAUCCUCAUCUACAGGACUGUGACUGGGAGCCUUUGAACCGGGGUGACCCUGUGUUCCUAACGUUCGAUGGGAGAACAAUCCUUUAUGAAGGUGCCAACACAGUGUACCCCACGUUUAUUAAUGAGGCUGCAUAUUAUGAAAAACAGCAGGCUUUCACGACCACUUGUAGAGAAAUACUAGCAGCUAAUGCAAUCAGAAAAGCAUUCAAGUAAUGUUUUCUCUUAAAAGUCACUAUGACACUCAGAUAUAUGUUUGUAAUGUACUGUACUUUAACUUAAAGUCAACUUCAACAUUUUUCUAAUUCUGGAAUAAAUAUAAUGGAGUUUUAUGACCUUUAUUUAAAAAAAAUAAAAUGGUAACACCACAGGACUAUUUAACUGAAAAGUAAAAAAAGCCAAACGUUUACUAAAAAUGUUUUAAAAGAGAAGGUAACAAGUCACAAUAUCAAAAAUAUACAUUAUAUAUAACAUAUAUAUAUCUAUAUAUGCCAUAUUUAACACUGCCAUUCAAACGAUUGUGUUCAGUAAGAUAUGCUUUCACAAAAAUAUUAAGAAAUGUUUCUUGAGCACCAAAUCAGCAUAUUAGAAUGAUUUCUGAAGGAUCAUGUGACACUGAAGACUGGAGUAAAAUUUACAUUUGACAUUACAGGAAUAAAUGACUGUAUAAGUCAUUAUAAAAAAUAUUUUAAAUAUAUUACAAUAUAAAACAGUUAUUUUAAAUCCACAAUAUUUAUUUCAGUUUUUUUCUAACACUGAAUCAAUUCAGAUGUUUUGUACUAAAAUGUACUGAAGAAUUUAUACUCUUAGAUUUUUUUUAAAUAUUAUAUACAGUAGGUCUACCUCUAGUGUAUGUCUGCACAGUUCAGAUCCUGAUGUAGUGUAUGUGAAAUGCACAAGCUCAGGAACAGUCUUCACUGCCCUCUAGCCUCUGUUUUUUACACACUGUUGACUCAAAUACUGACCUGAAACAGCCUUAAAACAACCACAAAAUAACCUCUCAGCACUGUGCUUAUACGUCAUGCAUCAUGGGAAAUUAAUCAUCUGUCAAAAGUUUCUGUAUUUUGCUGUUUGUGAUGCAAAAGUGUCGUAGUCUAAGUCCUGGAGUUUCUGACUUCAUCCUCAUUUCAGUGGUGCAACCCAAGUAUUGCCUUAAUUAAACAAAUAAAUAAAAUAAUUGUUGUCUGAUAGAAAGAGUUAAGAGCUCUUACAGAAGGAAGAUAAAGUAAUAUUCAAUAGGAUUUGGUAUACUAUAUGAUGGACUUUAUAGAUUGAUGGAUAAGCUCAGCAGGCACUGAAAGUAUUAUAUAUUUUAGAGAAAUAUGUGUGAUUUUUCCACUGUGAUUUUGUUUUGUGAUGUAUAUGGCUUGUGUAAAUUGUUGAAAAGGCCCAUUAUUGUGAGUUAUUUGUUUGAAAUAGUGUUGUGUUUUAAAAUAUCAUAUCUAUCUAUGCAAGGAAUAAUAUUUUCACUUUAUGUGAACAGAUGUUCUUAAUUUAUUCCAAAUUGACAAAUAAUAUUGAUUGUUUUUAAUACAUUUAGCAAUUAUUCCAUACAGUUGAUUACAUACUGUGUUGUAUGAUGUCGUUAAGGUCCAGGUGGUAUUUAGUAUUGAUUGAUAAAAGUUCAGUGUUGUCGAAAUGUGUAAUAUGAUGUAUUUUAACAUAAUAGGCUUUGUCACAAUGUAUUUGUAUUACAUGAAGUCUUGUCAGUCUUAAUGAGAUGAAUUAAUGUGGAGUAAAUAAUUUCAUAAUGUAAAUGUAUAAUGUAAACCAUUUACAUAAAGCCACAAGAGAUUUCUAUUUUGUCUCACACAGAUCUUUUCAAAACGAAUAAUAAAAGUUUAUCUUUAUUAAA